AUGUCACUUAGCGAUCUGAGUAAGAAAGAGAAAGAAAAAUUAAUUCUCAGACUGUUAAUACAGGCUCCUCCAGGGGAAUUUGUAAAUGCCUUUGAUGAUCUCUGUCUGCUUAUCCGUGAUAAAAAACUCAUGCACCAUCUAGGUGAGUAUGCAGGCUACCAACACUGCCAAAAAUAUUAUGUCCCACUCUCCAUCGAUGGGAAUGCGGUCCUCCUGUCUCACCACAACGUAGUGGGUGACUACCGAUUUUUUGACUACCAGAGCAAACUUUCUUUCAAAUUCGACCUGCUUCAAAACCAGUUAAAAGACAUCCAAAGUCACGGCAUCAUUCAGAAUGAGAUGGAGAACCUGAGGACUGUUGUUCUGUGCGUCUUAAAGCUGUAUGUGGAUGACCACUAUCCAAUGGGGAACUGCAAUGUGCUGAGAAAAACGGUGAAAAAUAAAGAGUUCUUGAUUGCUUGCAUUGAAGAUCACAGCUACGAAAUAGGAGAUUACUGGAAUGGCCUUUGGAAAUCGAAAUGGAUUUUCCAAGUCAAUCCAUUUCUAACCCAGGUAACAGGGAGAAUUUUUGUGCAAGCUCACUUCUUCAGAUGUGUCAACCUUCAUGUCGAAAUCUCCAAGGACCUGAAAGAAAGCUUGGAAGUAGUUAACCAAGCUCAACUGGCUCUAAAUUUCGCGAGGCUUGUGGAAGAGCAAGAGAAUACAUUUCAAGCUGCAGUCUUAGAAGAAUUACAGGAGUUAUCAAAUGAAGCCCUAAGAAGAAUUCUACGAAGAGAUCUUCCAGUGACCCGCACUCAUAUUGACUGGCAGAGGAUACUCUCUGACUUGAAUCUGGUGAUGUAUCCUAAAUUAGGAUGA